AACUGAAAGCACGCCCAGUCAUUUUCACUUCAUUUUAUUUGGAAAUACUUUUCUAGGUUUAUACAAAUCUCCAAAAUUUCACAUUAUGAGGCAGCAGCUGCUGGACGAGGAGUUCGAGAAUCUGCGCCGCGUGGCGUUGGCCAUUUGCAAGAAUCUCGGAAGACCAAAGGAUCGGGAGAUAUGUCGAAGCACCCUGGAAGAGCUCGCCAAGUUUCACCAGGCAUCGUCGAUCAGGAUUAAGGAAAAUGUGCACAAGUUCCUGAUGUUCUAUCUGAAAGUUCUAAGAUGGACGCACAAGCACCAGCCUUCGGAUUUGUAUCGCAAAUGGUAUGGUCAAAACUUUGGCAAUGACAUCAAGUCCGCCUCGUCAGCGGCCAAUUCUGCGGAUGAGCUGCGCGUUUGGUUGGAGGAGGGAAAGUCCUUUUACGCCAUGAAAACAUUUGAAGAUGGCUCUACCACCAUUUACUCAGCGGUGGUCAAAGAUCCGAAGGCUGGUUGGUCAGAAAACGGUCUGAAAACUCUAAUGGACACGCAAAUUGGCUGCGCUUUAGAUAGAAAUGAAAAUUGAGUUGUUUAAUAUUCUUAAUAUAGUGUAUAUUUCCACUUUAGGUGCUUAACUCGAGA